AUGGCCAAUCCUCAGGAACUGCUGACCUUCAAGGAUGUGGCCAUAGAAUUCUCUCAGGAAGAGUGGGGUUUCCUGAACCACAGUCAGCGGGAGCUCUAUAGAGAUGUGAUGUUAGAGAACUAUGGACACCUCCUCCUCUUGGGUCUUGUGUCAAAACCAGACCUGGUCAACUUCUUGGAGCAAAAGAAGGAGGCUUGGGAUGUGAAUGGAAAGGGGACAGUAGCCACACAUCCAGCUGUAUCUUCACAUGGCACCCUGAGCUUCCUGCCAAAGUCUUGCAUAGAAGCUUCUUUUCAAAACAAGUCAAUGGGGAGAUGCAAACACAGCACCCUUGAGAAUUUACACUUAAUGAUAGACUGGGACAAUGAUGGUGAAAGUGAAGGGCAUCAAGGAUAUCACGAAGGACAUAUCCAAACUGAGACAAGUGCCCAUAAUAAGAAUCUCAGUGCCCAAAAUGGUGAAGAAUAUAAAGCAUUUUGGAAAAACCUUUUUAAGUCCAGCACUUCAGCAGCGCCAUGUGUUUCUGUAAGCAAAAGCUCAAAUCAAGUAUUGAAACAUACAUAUUUAUGGAAUGAAAAUUUGGAAGAUGUGGAAACCUACCUAGUGAAUGCUGAAAAUAAUUAUUUGAACUAUUUUGAAAAUAGAAUUAUAUUGACCUUUCAGUCCAAUAUUUCUGAAAGUCAGAGAUUUCAAGAUGAAGAAAAAAGUGCUAAGUGGCAUAAAUUUGGGAGGUCCUUUACCGAGCAGUUGACCCCACAAACUUACCAGAGCACUUAUAAUGAAGACACAAUUGUUCAAUGCAGUCAAUAUGAGAAAAAAUUUAACCACACCUCAAAUGUUAACAAACAUCUGAGGAGUCAUUUUCCAGAGAAGCAUUUUGAAUAUAAUAAAUGUGGGGAAGAUUUUUAUCAAAGCUCAAAACUUAUUAUACAUAAUCAGAAUAUGAGAGAGAAUCCUCACAAAUAUAAUGAAUGUGAGAAAGCUCUUAACCAGUUCUCCAGUGUUGGUGAUCAUCAGAGGACUCAUGUGGGGAAAAACACAUACAGAUGUCAUAAACCUGGGAACAUGUUUAGUCAGUCAUCAAGACUAACUAUACAUAAGACAAUUGAAGCUGGAGAGAAUAGGUACAUUUGUAAGGAAUGUGGCCAAACCUUUGACUCACACUCAAAACCAACUCAACAUCAGCAAAUACAUACUGGGGAGAAACCUUACAAAUGUGAAGAAUGUGGUAAAGCCUUUAAGGACGGCUCAUCACUAAAUGGACAUAGGCGAAUCCAUACUGGAGAGAAACAUUACAAAUGUAAAGAAUGUGGCAAGGCCUUUACCCAUCGCUCAAGCCUUACUCAACAUCACAGAAUUCAUACUGGAGAGAAACCAUAUAGAUGUAAAGAAUGUGGUAAGGCCUUUAACCAGUACUCAAAAGUUAUUCAACAUCACAGAAUUCAUACUGGAGAAAAACCUUACAAAUGUAAAAAAUGUGGCAAGGCCUUUAACCUGCAUUCAAACCUUACUCAACAUCACAGAAUUCAUACUGGAGAGAAACCUUACCAAUGUAAAGAAUGUGGCAAGGCCUUUAACCAGCACUCACACCUUACUCAACAUCACAGAAUUCAUACUGGAGAGAAACCUUACAAAUGUAUAGAAUGUGGCAAGGCUUUUAAGAGGCACUCAAAUCUUAUUCAACAUCACAGAAUCCAUACUGGAGAGAAACCUUACAAAUGUAAAGAAUGUGGCAAAGUCUUUAAUGGUUAUUCACAACUUACUAUACAUCACAGAAUCCAUACUGGAGAGAAACCUUAUGACUGUAAAAAAUGUGGCAAGGCCUUUAAACACCAGUCAAACCUUACUCAACAUCACAGAAUCCAUACUGGAGAGAAACCCUACGACUGUAAAGAAUGUGGCAAGGCUUUUAACCAGCACUCAAACCUUAUUCGACAUCAAAGAAUUCACAUUAUAUAG